AUCAUUUAUUGAUUGUUGCGUUUGUGUGGACACAAGUAGUGAUGUCUUCGUGAGUGUUGUCUUCACAUUCUUCUGGAUGUCAUCGAGUGAUAGUUUUCCGACGACUUAUCAGUCAAUCCUAGAGUUGUUUGCCGUCCACCGAAAGCUCUUUAAAUGCGAUUACAAUAAAUGUGACAAACGGUUCGCCAUUCAAAGCCUAUUGGAUUCACACAAACACCGCAAACAUGCCGUCAAAGACAUAACUCCUCGGGAACCGAUUGUUAGCUCAACCGAUGCCAGAGAACAGUCGACAACAGCCGCAGAUGACAGCCAACAGCAGUCAAUGGCCACUACGGCUGUCCCACCAAUGGUGCCGACAAUCACAUCCACUUCCAGUCCCGACAACCAAUCGCUGGACAACCCGUGCGAUGACGAUUCCGACACUGAUAUCGAAAUCGUGGACACAAUACCGGCGGUAAACACCGGCCAAACACUUACACCACUCCGUGACCAACAAAUGCCCAACACUUCACUCGUAGACAACAAUCAGUGCCUUAAUAUUAACACAAAUACUGGUCACACGUCUGCCGAUAACCCGCUGCCGAAUACCGGCCAAACUGUCAUUGAUUUAGACACUGAUCUCGAAGUAAUAGAUACGAUACCUGAGCCCAUACGGGCGACUACAGAGCCGGCGCCGACCGCUGGACACCAAACACUCAGUGAUCAACAAUUGCUCAACACUUCACUCGUGGACCACAACCCGUGCCUUAAUACUAUUAAGGCAAAUACUGGUCACAAGUCGGCCACCGAUAACCCGCUGUCGACUACCGGUGAACCUGUUAUUCAUUUGCCGUCAAUAGCCAGCGAUUUAGACACUGAUCUCGAAGUAAUAGCUGUCAUACCGAAGGCCAGUCACCGGGUGACCACAGAGUCGGUGCCGCCGACCGCUGAUCGCAAAACAAAUAGACUAAUAAUAAAUGUCGUUGAGUUGGCCGCCAGUCGUAUACGUAAAACACGUGAUCUCCGGACAUAUCGGCGGACAGUUGUCUCAAAUUAUACGUUUUAUCGGAGCGCCCACUCGUCGGCGUUUGGGUCGCCGGCCAAACCGUACGGCUGUCCGCACGACGGCUGCGACAAAAGUUUCAAAACUAAACUGGCGAUGAAAAUACAUAGACUUUCUGUCCACUCGUCCGUCGGUGGCCGACAGUAUGGGUACGACUCGUCCACUCAAACAUAUUACACCAAACAAGCGCUCGACAAACAGCGGCUGACUGUCCACUCGGCGGCCACUCGUGUAAACAAUGUAUUACAGGCGCCCAUUGAGACCGAAGUUAACGUCCCGUUCAUUCCUAUGGACACUACAAUAGCUGAUAAUAAACCGGUAGAGACCACGACUGCCCUACCGGUGCAGUCAGCCUCUGCUUCCCAUCCAAACAAUGGUUUGGACUCUCAUCUCAAAGUAAUAAACACAAAACCAGAGCCCAAAAGCACGACUGAUAUAAAGCCAUUCACAGACCACACGGCGGCCGCAGAGACACUACAGACGCCUAUUGAGACAAUUCCUAUGGACACUAAAGUAGCUGAUGAUAGACUGGUAGAGCCCACGACUGCCCUACCGGUGCAGUCAAUUACUGCCACCACUGAUCCAAACAACAGUGAUCUGAAACCUGAUCUCAAAGUAAUUGUUGUCAAACCGGAACCCAAACACACCGUCGAUACAAAGCCGCCGAUAACUGACCACAAAUCAGAUGAGAAAUAUAUUGAGAUUUGCGAUACGAGUAGUGAUGAAAACAUUGGACUCGAAAUAGUGGCUGAGUAUCGGCGCCACAAUUGCGGCCAAUCAUUGACCGGAGAUAAGGCUGACGGCCAGUGCCUGCCAUUAGCGGAGUCUAAAGUGACCGUCAGUUUUGAUAUCAAAACAAUGUGCGAAACAGUGACACCAGCGGAGACACCAUCAGCACUGGUCAGUCGUACGCAUCCGUGCGAUCGAUGCACGCAAUCGUUUAAUACGGUCGACCAAUUGGCGGAACAUAAGCUGAUGUGUCGGCGGUGCCCGAAGUGUGACAUAAUGUUUGCCAACGGGUUUCUGCGCGCACACCAUAUGGCCGCUCAUCACCCGAGACGCAAACCACCGAAAUGGGUGCGCAAAGCGGCAAAACUGGUCCGAAAACAGACAAAACCGGUGCCCAAAACGAAACCGAAACUGUUUCGGUGCAAACAGUGUCCGAUGCGGUACUCGUCGGGCGUAUGGUUCGCCAAACACAUGAUCCGCGUUCACCACCAGUCGCGGCACAAAUGCAGAAUCUGUCCCGAGUGUAAAAAGUGGUUCCCAAACGACAACCAACUCUACAAACAUCGGGUGUCUGUCCACUCGCACUCGCCCUACCCGUGCGAUCAGUGCGACCAGUCGUUUAAGAAGAGGCGCCAAUUGAUUGGCCAUCAAUACGCUGUCCACUCGCAGCCGAUGCCCAACCCCACAAAAUGGACGUGUAGUCAAUGCGACCGCCCGUUUAGAAACUCAAGAAAGCUGUUCCGUCACAACAAGUCUGUCCACUCAAUGGUACAGUCGAUGUCGAUGUGCGAGACGUGCGGUAAAGGGUUCGUCACAUCCAUGGGUUUGGCCGAUCAUAAGAGGGCUAAAAAGCAUUUUAUUGUGUUUUUUAAUAUAUAG